AUGCACUUGGUAACGGUUCUCUCGUUACUUUCGCUUAUCUCACUAGUUACUGCACACGCAAGAAUAAGAUAUCCAAGACCUUUGGCGGCACCUGUGGAAACUCCAGCUGGUAAUUAUUAUAAUGGACCAUUACGUCCAGAUGGAAGCGAUUUUCCAUGCAAAGGCCUUCAUAAACAAGCUGGUGUUGAUAAAACACCUUCAGUGACAUGGAAAGCAGGUCAACAAACAUAUUUUGAAAUUCUUGGUCAUGGACCGGGAGGCGGAGAAGGAUCUCUUGCAGCUCAUAGUGGAGGAAGUUGUCAAGCAUCCAUCUCUUUCGAUAAUGGUGAAACUUGGAAAGUUCUUCAUAGCUUUCAAGGUGGAUGCCCUCGGGGUGUUCAACUUGGUUCCAAUAUGGCAGGCAAAAAUCAAACUUUCCCAUUUGAAAUACCAGAACAGACUCGAGCUGGAGAUGCAUUGUUUUCAUGGUCGUGGGUGGCUGUAACUGGUAACCGAAAUGAAUUCUAUCAAAAUUGUGCAUCUAUCAGAAUCGAUGGCUCUGGAACGAGCACACUUGAUGAUUUUCCUGAUAUGUUCGUUGGCGACAUGAGUCUUCCAGGACACAUCGGAUCAGGAGAAUGUCGCAGCACUGCAGGAUUCUCUCUUGAGUAUCCACAUCCUGGUCGUACUCUUACUUCUACUAAAGUCGAUAGAAUCUUGUAUAAGAAACCUACAAAUGGUAAAUGCUUUGCAAAACCUUCGAGAGAAUGUUCAACAUCAGUGGUUCCAUUGUCUACAUCGACAAGUGCAGGCAAUAAUAAUAGUGUUUCUCAAACUGAACCAAUCAGCAGUGCUUCGACCACAGCAUUUAUCGAGCUGAGUUCUACAACCACAAUUUUGCCAGAUUCUGUUCCUCCUCAAUGCAUCAGUUACACCAUGAUCACUGACAAGACGCGCCAUGUUAGCCAUCCACAUUAUAUCUGGUGUGACAACGCUGUCUUCAAGUCAGAGCCAAUGUGGGUACGUUUUUCAGGUGCUGCAGGUACUCGUUUGACUUCCGGUCCCAUGGAGCCAUUUCAUUGUGGAACGCAAGGGACUGGUUGGUAUAACGGUAUCUAUCCAACAUCAGUUGGUGCCACAACUCCGGGUACUGUGUGCUACAGCUGGCCAGGAAAUCUAUGCCAAUGGUCAAAUAAAAUUUCGAUUACUAAUUGUAAUGGCUACUAUGUAUUUGCACUUCCUGCUCCUCCUGCAUGUUUUUUACGAUAUUGCACUGUCUAA